CAUAAAAACUUGCCGAACAAUAUUGACAACUGUCAAACUGUCGCAAUGACAAUUUUUUUUCUCAGCCUACGGACAGAAUCUUUGUUGGGAGCUGCGAUAAUCAUCAUCUUUGCUGCUGUCAAAACGGCCUUAAUCAGCAUUUACCCCUUCCCGGAAGCACCUCAGACUGUUGUCGUGUUGAACAUAGUGAUACAGACUUUGGGAGCUUUAAUCUUAAUAGUUGGAGUUCUGAAGGAGGAUCGAGUGUGCAUUAUAACCUUUUUGUGUUUUAAUAUUUGUGGUAUCAUAAUUCAGGCUCUGGGGCUUCUAACUCAGUAUUAUGUUCUUUCAGACGAAAAAGUUAAAUUGAGCUUAGUUAUAGUUCUCGUAAUGGAACACGUGCCUCUUAUUUACAUGAUUCCUACAGGAGUGGAUAUGUACAAAGCGGUCAGGGCAGCACACAUGCGUCUUGCAGACAGUUUAUCUACAUCGAGAGCCCACGAGCGCAUGGUGCAUCCGCCCAACAGCAAUUAUAUUCCGGGAAUAGGUCUUUAAUAAACAAUUUAAAAAAAAGUGUUUUCCCUGUUGUCGCAGUACUAAAAUUUUAAAGAUUUAUGACAGUGAAGGCGAUUUGAAUA